AGAGAGAGGGAGGAGGUGUGUGUGAGACUGCGAGUGAGAGGGAGUGUGAGUUACUGUUCAGCACACUCACUCAAGCCCUACCUGUCCUGUUGCCAUGUCCUGGAUUCUGGACAGGACACAGACCAGGGCUUCAGAAAGAUGAAAAGAUAACUCAGCAAUGCCAAAAACGCACAAGAAGUCAGAAGCCAAGAAUCGUGCGCAUGACAGACAACGCAAGAAUGAGGAGUCCUAUGGGUUUCAUGCCCGUCUGGUGCUGGAAGCCCAGGGCUACAAAACAAUGAUUGGCGGUAAGGCAGGCAGUGCUGACAAAGAUGGCUUCCCCCUACCGGCCGCACAGGUGCCUAUUGGCUGGCAGAGGAAGGUUAAGGGUGGGGCUGUGGUGUAUGUCAGUCCGAGUGGUAUGGUCCUGUCCUCGGUGGAGGAGGUGAGGGCGUACCUGCUCGCGGAUGGCACCUGUAAAUGUGGGCUGGAGUGUCCGCUACUCGUGCACAAGGUGUUCUGUUUCGACCCAAGGGCGGCGGUUCUGGGGCGGGGCCAGCUGCCCUGGAAGGCGGAGCAGGACAUGACUAAACUGUGUAACCACCGGCGGAAAGCGGUCGCCAUGGCAGCACUGUGCCGCAGCAUGCAGGUGUCCCAGGUGGCUUUCUCCGGGUGUCGCCCAGGUGCAGCUACAGGGGGCGCGACAGAGAGCAGAGACCAGGGUGAGGGGCACUCAGAGGGCCAGGAGACCAAAGAGCACCACCCCUACUCCCCUGGACCUUGCCUCUCAGUCCACCCCAAAUACAACAGCAGCCCCAUUCCCACCACCCACGAGGGCAACAGUACCUCCCCCCAGCUGUUUGUCUCACCCCCCUGCAACGGAUUGUCCCCUCACGCUCACACCAACACUAAUACACAGCAGCCAUCUGAGACUCCUGGGAAUCUGCCCCUUCCUACCCCUGCCCACUCCCCAUUUUCAUGCUACGGGUCACCCCAAACAUGCCACCACCCUCCCAGCCCUCACGCGCAGUACUCCCUGUCUCCCUCCACCUCCCACUCUGUGGUGCUGGCUGCAGGGCGAGUCAGACAGGACCACCAGCAGGGCGGCGCUGUUGGCUCCCCCCCUCCUUCCCCCUCAGGUAGCUUGGAUUGCCUCCAGCCUGGCCAGCGCUCACGUCAGGCCUCCUCCCCUGGCCUUGGCCUGGGGGCGGCCCCCUGUCCCCCAGGGAGCAUGUCAUCUCCCCUGCCUCUGACCACGCUUGGGCCCCCCAGAGGCCCAGUGCUGCCCUCCAGCCCCAGUGGAGCGGUGGAAGGCAUGCUCCAACAGCUCAAGCACAACAGCAACAACAGCACUGAGCCCUCCCCCAGUGACCAAAGCACUUCCUGUACCCCCCUUCCUCUUGACCCAGACAGGAAGAACAGGCCGGCCGGGGAAGGCUCGGGUCCUGCCCUCGGGCCGGGCGGUGCCGGUACCAUCGAGCUCCGAGCGGUACCACUCGGCCAGCUCCUGAAGCAGCAGCAGCAGCAGCAGCAGCAUGUCUCCUUCCCAGCCAGUAGCUUCCUCUCUGCAGCAGCCCGAGCCCAGCGGGCCGGCCAGAACCAGGCCCAGCGGGCCGGCCAGAACCAGGCCCACAGCUGCCAGAACCAGGCCCAGAGAAGCCCGUCUGGCACAGAAACCCAGCAGAACCAGGUUAUAAAGAGCACUUUACAAAACAGCCACAACCCUCCACAAAACAGUGCAUCCCCUCCACAUAACAGCCCCAUGCCUUUACAGAACAGCCCCUCUCCCCCAGCUCGAGUGCCCACCACACCCCCCAAGCUGCUGGCCCACCCAAGCACUUCCUCCCUUCCAGCUCCCAUGGAGAGGUCUUCCUGUUUGAGACAUCAGCAGCACUCUCCCACAAUGCUCAGUGUGCUGAAGGAGCCGGCUGGAGAUCUGCCUGCCCUGCCCAUGUCAUACUCCUCCUCUUCGUCCUCCUCUUCCUCUUCCUCCUCUACCUCGGCCUCCUUGCACUCUCAGCAGCAGAACCGCCCCCAGACCUCUCAUCUGUCCAUCACCCGGCCUGAUGCUCUGUCAGGCUCCUCCCAGGAACAGAACCCCCGCUCCCCGCCCCCUGCCCCACCACAUGCCCCGCCCCCUACCCCGCCCCUCUCCGCCCUCCUGCACAUGCUCAGUGUGCAGAGUGCGCAGGCUGCUGCUGCCCAGGCCGGGCCUGACCCUGCACCAAUCACAUCGCUCACCGGGCAGGGCCACACCCAGUCCUCCCCUCCGCGGCUCCUCAUUGGACAGCCAGCACAAUGCCAAACCCAGCCUUUGCCCCCCUCGCCAGCCGCCGACCUGUCGCCCCGAACCCAACACCCCGAGCCCACAGAGGAGGGACCCCCACCUUCACCGGCCCCCUUUGGUGUAGGGGAUUCUGGGAAAUCAGAAGCCACUCCCUCCAACUCCACCCACAGUCAGAGCCACGCCCUCCAUCAUACCACGCCCGCUGAUGCCACCCUGCCUGGACCUCAGGAUCUCAGUGACCGUGUCCUGGAAGGCGGGCCGGACGGGCCCGAUGGUGCUGUUCAUCAGAACCACGGCACUGAGGGGAACGGUCCAGCCGUGGGUCCUCAGGGUUCCUCAGACCCCGCCCCGCCCGGCGACGCCCCUGGCCCCCUGCAGCUGGCUGAGUCGUUCCCCUUCAUGUCCCAGGAGCAGCUCCUGCAGCUGCUCUCUGCCCCCUCUGGCCUGCCCUCCCUCCUGGCCCCGCCCUUCCUGGGCUCCCUGCCAGUGGGAGUGUGGGUGGGCGGUCAGCAGGGUCAGGCCCCAGCACAGACUCCGCCCCCUCAGCAGAACUCUGGCCUGCUGAGCCUGGGUUCGACCCCGGUGCUGGGAACUCAGGGAGAUCUGCCCGUUAAUUUCCUGGGGCUUUUAAACGCCACUCCCAGCGCUGCUGCUGCUGAUCUAGCCCUGGAUCUGAACCCAAACCCGGCCCCAGAGCCAGGCCCAGCCCCAGAGCCUGCCUGCAGCCCGGGGCUGGAUGCAGGAGAGAGACCCGGACUGCAGGCUCUGCUCCUGGCCUCCCUGCUCCUCGGCCAGCAGCAGCCUGCCUCCCUGCUGCCUCCUCUGGGUUCGCUCAGCUUCGACCUCCCCCUGCAGCAGCCGUUCCCCUCCUUCCUGGAGGGGGGCGCUAUAGAGAAGCCCCCAGGGCUGGCGGACUCCCUCCUCUCAGGCCCGGGGCUGCAGGAGGCCCUGCAGGGUGUGUGUCCACCAGCAGAGAGCGCUCUCCAAGCACUGCAGUCUCUUCUCCUCUCCACGGCCCCGCCCACAUCAGCCUUCCUGCCCCUGAGCCCCGCCCUGCUGGCUGCUGCGCUGGCUGCGGCGGAGCCCCCCCUCGUGCCCCCUCCCCCGCCCUCUCCGCCCCAGCAGGUGCAUUCUCAGGUGACUCUGGACUCCAGCUCUGUAGCAGAUGUAGCUGAUCCCCCCCAGCCCUCGCCAGGCCAGGGCAAGAGUGGCCCCCUGACCCCUCUGCUGCCCCCCAUACUGACCCCUGGAGUCCUGGGAGACCUGGCGGCUCUGAGUAACAUCAGCGGCCUUCUGGGAGCGGGGCCUUUGCUGCUGCCCCCCGUGCAAGCCCCCGGGCUGAGCGCACCACUGAUCCCAGGUCAGGGGUCCACAAUCAACCCCGUCACCUGUCUGCUCAACAACAUGCAGCUCAACCUGUGUCCUGCUCUUCCCAUGGGCGAGGAAAAGCCAAUUAUCACGCAGGAAAAGGAAGGUCCCGCCCCCCAGGAGGAGGUUCCAGCCAAUCAUGUGGGCCAGGAGUGUGCACCCAGCCCUGAGCAGGCAGUGGGUUCUGGGUCAGUGCUGGACCCCUACGCCUCCUUCAUGGACACCAUCUACACCUCUUUCCUGCAGGUCAGCAGCGAGCAGGCCGCUGACACCACGUCCACACGGAGUGCCUUACCCCCCUCCCAACCACGGGAGCCCCCGACAGUCCCACCCAGUGCUCCGCCCAUGGCCCCGCCCACUGCCCUGCCCGGCGCCCCACCCUGCAGCUCACCCACGGCCCCGCCCAUGACCGCGCCCUCCAUCAGCCCCCCGUGCGCCUACUCCCUGAGGAACCCUGAAGUGUCCCGCCUGAGCACAGACUCCGCCCAGUCUCUCGCCCGCGGCACCCCCAAACGCAGCGAGGACGGCUCCUCCACGGCCCCCCUCAGCCAGCUGGGUGACCUAGCCCCCACGCCCGCCUUCCUGGAGGAGGCCAAAAGCGACUGCUCCGCCCACUGCGCCUACAGCGUUGGGCUGCCCGCGGGCGGAGCCGAGGGGGAAGGGGAGGGGGAGGCACAGCCCCACCCGCAGCCGUCCCACAGUCGCAGCGAUCCAGAUAGCCAGGGUACCCAGGCCCCGGGACCCCGGAAACGGGGCAGGGGAGCAGGUGGGCAGGCAGCAGGUGCCAGGCGAGGAAGGAAGAGGAGACUGGGCCAGCGGAGGGCGCUGGCUCACUUCAAGGAUCUGGGCACCAGAGCUGCCAAGUCCAGAGCGACAAUGGCGCUGAUGAUGGCAGGGAAGUCUGCCAGGUCCAAGAAGAGGAGGGUUUCCAGGUAGCAGUUGGUGUGCCUGACCUGAGAUCAGACCAUGCAGUCGCUAACAGCAGUACUAGAGCAGAGAACUCCCCCCGUUGCUGUGCUGAGUACAGACACGCUUUUCUACAGUCACAGUGGGAACUCCUCCACUCUCCCGGCGCUCACAGGAGCCCAGCCCAGUCUACUCUCCUCCUACUCCGUCCUCACCUUCUCUCUCUUUCCCUUUCUCUUUCUGUCCCCC